AUGUGCCAUGACUGCCGCUCAAAUAGCGCCCGUUACAUCGCCGGACAUGCGGUCCGUCAGUACCGCGACAGCUUCUUGAAUGGCGAGGAAUGGCGUCUCAAGCUCUGCACGAACCUCCAAGCUAUUCUCUUGCUCAACCUCUGCGACCACAAGAUUACCCCUGAAACCAUGAUUCGUCACGACAAGGAUCUACGCAACUACCUGUGGUCCAGAAGCGGGCUCGACUUUCGAUACGAUCAUCACUUUGGAUCUGUUCUACGUACCAAGUACGCCGAGAAAGCGCAGAGUCUCCUGUCCGAGAUCAAGAAGUGGGAUGCGUUUGUUGUUGUCCAAUCUGGUGACCAGAAGGUCUACUAUUGGAACACAGAUAUCCUGACCAGAUACUUCAAUUCUGUUGACCAGGUAGCUCGGUGGAUCGAGGAAAAACGUGCUCAGGCGCGUGCGAGAUACGAAAACCAGGCCCCUUCGACUCCUGGGCCUAUCCGGCGCCGGCGUGUGACUUUGGCAGACCACAGAAGGGCUAGCUCUGUUUCCUCGCCUUACUAUCGGGCACCGAGCGGUUCUAGCCUGCAUCGCCGGAGCUUGUCCUUGACUGAAUCUCGUGGCACAAUGCCUCCCCCCUCGACUCCCACAACACCACGAUUUCACACCAACAUGCAGCUCACUGGUUACUCAACCCAGCCGCAUCCUUCAUCUCCGACGCAAUCAAGACCUUUGUCUCUCACCGAAGCCUUGCACGAGAUGAUUGUGGGUGAGCGCAAGGUCGAGGACAUGAUGAAGAAGAUGGAAAUCUCACCAUCACCGAGCCUGGCUGCAUCUCCACGCACAUCGUGGAUACAGGGAAGCAAUCCCGGCUCCGGUUUUCCUACUCCUCAUACCCCAUCCCGUUCUCUGCCGCAACAAAUGACAAUGGCUUCAUCCAUGGCCGGCUCUCAGCGAGGAACGCCUCAGACACCGUCACGGUUCACCACGCCAACUUCGCCCGCUUCUGGCACUCCAUUGAACUUGAACCUGACGCCCAUCCCUCUGAAUCUGGGCAGCCCUCCCAGAAGCCAGCAGUUGGGGGUGAGUCAGCCGGGUUUGGGACAGAAUUUACCCCUUUUCCAGCCUGUCCAGCUUCAAGCGACUCCCGGUGCACAGCUGGAUCCCCAUCAUCAGUUGCCAUCACAUCAGGUUUUCAUGUCCCAGCCACGCCCUAUGACAGGAGGGUCAGCUCCACUUGGUCUCAUUCCUCAGGCAGCCUCUCAAUCUACUCAGCCAAAUUCUUCUAUUCAAGCAUUCGGGCAAGCUGGCUACUUGAAUCAUCCUGCUCCACAGGCUGUCCACAGUACCAUCAAUGGUUUUGCAUUUCAGGCUGGGCAGACGGCAACAGGGUCAGUCUCUCAGCCAUUGCUCCAAUCCACUCAAUCUGCGCAGCAUGUUGCACUGCAAGAGCCUACUUCCAAAGGCGAGGCAAGUCCUCUGGUUAUGCAGCUUCUCACCCACCAUCGUCGGCAACAGUCGGGCCAACAACAAGCAUCCAGCAUUUCGCCAUCGGGAGGCCUGCUGCCAACUGACUACCAUCGCACCUUGAACACUUUUCCCCUCACUGGUUCUGCGCAGCCUGCUUCUGUUGCCACACCAACGAAGAAAGCCCGCCCAAACUUCCACUUCGGUCUCUCCCCUUUACCGGUUCCGCCCGAAGCACUGAAGCAGCCACAGGAGACCGCUCAGACAGCUACUGCCAUGACAGAUGUCAAUUCGGGGUUUACGAACUAUCGUGAGCCCACUGUGGAUGACGAGAUGGAUGAGAUGGACAAGACCCCUACUCACUGUGACCAAACCCCAGAUGAGUUUUUUGUCAAGGAUGAUGUCGGUUGCCAGGUUAAGUAUUACACUGGCGUGGGAACAGCUGAGAGAAGGACAAGAUGA